AUGGCAAAUCAUAAAGCUUUGGAAGUUGAAGCUUCACAGCUAGGGCAUUCAUUAUUGGCAUUAGCUUUUUACUGGGUCUGUGGGCUGAGGGAUGAAGGGCUCCCUUUGACUUUAAUUAUAUUCCCUGUCCUAUUUGCCAUCUCAGAAGUGAAGAGUGAGGUAUCUAUGAAGCUCUGAGGGCUAGAGUUCAUAAAAGCCAAUGUCUACAUCUGUGCUAGUUCCAGGUGGAGAAGGCACCUGGAAGGGAUACCAAGAGCUCAAGAAAAGGAUGUAGGGAAGCACAGCACAAUCCCCCCCCACACACCCCCAGCAAAGGUGGAUUCCUCAGGGGAGGAAAUUUUCUAUGGACAGCUGCCCACUGAAGGACCUUAGGGCUCAAAGCAGCAUUGGGUGAUGUCGAGACAAGACUUGGGAAGUGUGGGCUGCCUGGCCUGCUGUUCCAUGCCCGAUUUGCUGGCUCUUUGUUAA